GGCCCCCUGCGGCGGGGGGCCGCGCCGCUUCCCCCGCCCCACUCCACCCCGCCGGCCGGUCGGAGGGACGGGUGGACGGACGGACGGGCGGGCGGGCGGAGGCCGCCUGAGGCUGUGGCUGCCCCCGAGACGCCGGCUGUGAGGAGGAGGACUGCCUUUUGGAUUGUGAGCCACUUGGACAUGGUGAUGCAUAUCUGCCUAGAGGGUCAGGCCUGGAUAUUUGGAAUUUAAGAUUUUGACAAAGAAAACUCAGUCAGAUUUAAACCUUCACGAUUGCUCCAAAGAAAGGGAGCAUUAAGUUUUCAGAAGGAAUUCUCAUUUGAAGAUAAAGAAGAACUUGCAAACAGCACAAAGGAUAUCGAUGCUAAUCUCUUAGCAGUACUUCCAAAAGUUUCAGAAUUAAGAAAACUGUUUGAACCAAACCACCAAGAUUUUUUGGAAAUGAAAAGAAAAGAGAGAAUAGCUAGACGCUUAGAAGGAAUUGAAAAUGAUACGCAGCCUAUGCUUCUACAAAACUGUCCAGGAUCAGUCACACACCGAUUACUAGAGGAAGAUACACCGAGAUAUAUGCGUGCAACUGAUCCAUACAGUCCCCACCUAGGAAGAUCAAAUGAAGAGGAAGAAACUUCAGAUUCUUCUGUAGAAAAACAACCCAGAUCAUCAAGAUACCGAACAGAAAUCACAGGAGGUAAUACAGAGCCCUUAUAUACUACAGGAAACAUGGAUGUCCAGGAACUAGAGUCAAAAGCAGAAAGAAUAGCUAGGUACAAGGCAGAAAGGCGGCGCCAGCUGGCAGAAAAAUAUGGAUUAUCUCUUGAUUCUGAUUUGGAUUCUGACUACUCAUCCAGAUAUACACGGGCAAGGAAAGAUCCUGACAGCAUGGAAAGAAAGGGAAUGAAAAGUGAAAGGCAAGGUGAUGACAACAAGGACUGUGGCUCCUUGUAUUUGUCUAGGACUGAGGUGAAGGAGUCGAAGAGUGUGAUUGCUGAAUCCAAAGAGUGCUCCAGCCAUGGAAAAGAUGUUGUUCCAGACAAAGAAGACCUCUCAAAUGAAAAGAGUGAUGGAAAAGCAGAUGAUGACAGUGCCAUUGGACAGGUUUCUGACCCUUCAGCAACCUUGGAUAGUUCUGUCUCCCUUUCACUUCCUGGGCGAGAAUCUUCCUCCUAUAAUGAAGUGCCAAUAUCACCAAAGCAAACCCCCAGAGAGUCCCUUUCGUCACCAAAGCGGGCAGCCUCACCAAUCCAUUUGCAGAAUGACCAGCACUUGCACAGCAACAUCAGACAAAGUAGUGCAGGGAAAGCAAAACCUGAAUGGUUUCUUCAGAAAGAUUCGGAAGGGGACACACCUUCACUUAUCAGCUGGCCCUCCAGAGUAAAAGUUAGAGAGAAACUGGUGAAAGAGGAAAGUGCUCGUGGAAGCCCUGAACUUGUCACAGACACAGUAUCUCACAGAAAAUCCCAUCCAGUGCCAGCCCACUACAUGCCUCUUCAGACAGAAACAUCUGCCUUUGAUAGGGUUAUAAAUCAGCCCAUCAGUUCAGUCCGCCAACCAAUACAUGGCUAUAUUCAGCCUGCUGGCACUGCUCACACAGCUCAGCUGAUGGCAACAGAAGAACCAGCAAACAACUCUGUUGGCAGCCCUCUCCUACCAGACGGUGUUAGCCUCUUAACAAAAUCAUCAGCGGCCACUGUAUCAGAGAGUGAAAAGAAAGAGGCACUUGGUUAUGGAGCAAAGCCCGAUGAAGAGGAUUCCUUGGAGGGUGAACAGGCUUCCAAAGGCAGAAGACCAAUUUUGCCCUCUGAGAUUCGCAAGCAAGGGAAGAACCAUGAAGGCCUUUUUGGAGGAGGAGAAUUGGAUACCCCUGUGGGGAGUUCCUCUUUCGCAAGCAAGCUCAAAGUUAACUCAGAAGUUCAGAGAGAGCUGGAGUGCAAUAAGAGGCAGGCUCCUGAGCAGCAGUUUAAGACCUCUGAGAAUAUAGAAAGGAGCGAAGCUGUUAUGUACAUACAGAGUGGGUCUGUAUCGCAGCCUGCCAAGGCAAAAACUCCUGUUUGGAAAGUGUCGACCGCAAAGCAUAAAGUCCUGACUCGCUCAGUGUCGGACUAUACUGUGGCUCCUAAGCUAGAAGCUUUUAAAUGUAAGGAGAGCACGGAAGCAAAUGCACCAAACGGUGAGAUUGGCAUGGUUGACACAAAAGUCUCUGUUGCCCAGCUCCGUAAUGUCUUUCUGGAGACUGCUAAUGCCAACAAGAAAACGGAACUUGAAUCUCGGUUUGAGAUGGCAACAGCAGGCAGCACUUUGUCUGCCAAUGGUGACCGUGAAAGAGGGCCACGAAGGCCGAGGCGCUAUUUUUCUCCUGGUGAAAAUAGAAAGACUUCUGAGAGAUUUAAAACUCAACCUAUAACGUCAGCAGAACGAAAGGAGACAGAUAGGUCAAUUCUGAGUGCAGAAAUUCCAACUGCUGAAGAUGAAGAGAAAUUGGAUGACCGAGCCAAACUAAGCGUAGCUGCAAAGAGGCUGCUUUUUAGAGAAAUGGAGAAAUCAUUUGAAAUGAAAAAUAUUCCUAAACCACCUACAAGAAGUUCAGCAGUAGAGAGAAGACUGCGGCGUUUGCAGGAUAGAUCACACACGCAACCAAUAACCAGUGAGGAAGUGGUCAUUGCAGCUACCUUGCAGGCAUCAGCACACCAAAAAAUUUUAGCUAAAGAAGAGAUAAGAGCAGCCAAAGAGGCUAUGGGGCAAGAUCAGUCUGAUGAACCAGAUUCUUCCACCUUAAGUUUGGCAGAAAAGAUGGCUUUGUUUAACAAACUGUCUCAACCAGUAUCCAGGGCCAUCUCCACAAGGAGUCGAGGAGAUAUUAGGCACAGGAGAAUGAAUGCUCGUUACCAGACUCAGCCAGUCACUCUUGGAGAAGUUGAGCAGGUACAAAAUGAAAGUGGAAAAAUUACUCCCCUGUCAACUGCAGUUGCAAUGUCGGUUUCAACAAUGGCAUCUGCCCUUUCUUCAUUGCAUGCUGGAGACCUGCACACGAAGCCAGCUGGUGAUGGAAGCAUGAGUGCUACCACUAGAGCUGAUUUGAGAUUCCACUCUUCAGCAGAAAACUUGGACUCUUCAGGAAAACGCACACAGAAGUCAGAACAGUGGCAGCCCUCAACAGAAGCACUAGAAAGUAAAAGAGCAUCAAUGAAGCAUGAAGAAGAGAGAAAGAGGUUUCUAGCACAUGAAGCUAAUGAAAUUACAAAGUACAGCUCCUUUGAGGAAGAAACCACACAUCCUGUUCCUGAAAAAACAGGAGACUACCAUAAAGAGACAACAUACAGCUUCCUGAGGAAGGGCAGCACGGAACUGUUUAGUUCACAAGCACUUUUUCAGCCUCUUGAACAGAAGGAAAUCACUACUGGCAUGCAAGACCAUGCUGAGCCUACUUCUGAACUCACCAGCACAUCAGCAAUGAGGACAGUUCCGCAAACUGCAGCUGUGGCAUCCUGUAGACUUCAGGAGCUCUCUGAACAAUUGGAAGGCAAAUUUUAUAAGAAUUCCUCUGAGAUGUUUUCAGUUGGAGAGAACAAAGCACAAACAACUGAGGAUGUCCUUGAUAAUUCCAGCAAAACGAUGUCAAUUAAAGAAAGGUUGGCGUUGCUGAAGAAGAGUGGUGAAGAAGAUUGGAAGAGCAGGCUCAGCAAAAAGCAAGAGUAUGCAAAAGUGCCUGUUACUGAUCGUAGUGCGCAGAUGCAAGAAGUUGAGCAGCUGUUGAAGAAGCAGAGAACGGCAGAUAACCAGGAGAGUCAAAUGACCAUUGAAGAAAGGAAACACCUGAUUACAGCUCGAGAAGAGGCCUGGAAAUCCAAGGGUAAAGGAGCAGCCAAUGAUUCCACACAGUUCACUGUAGCUGGCCGAAUGGUAAAAAAAGGCCUGGCUUCUCCAAGUGCGCUAACACCAGUAGCAUCACCUUUCAGUAACCGGCAUAAAUCUACCACUCCAGUUACAAAGCCCUUGGAAGAAAUUGAAGCCAGGCCUGAUAUGCAAUUGGAAUCAGAUAUGAAGCUUGACAAGUUGGAGUCAUUCUUGGGAAGGCUGAAUAACAAAGUUGCUGGGAUGCAAGAGACAGUGCUGACAGUUACAGGAAAAUCUGUGAAAGAGGUGAUGAAGCUGGAUGACGAUGAAACAUUUUCCAAAUUUUAUCGCCAUGUGGAUUUCCCUUCCUCCUCAGUGCCUUUGGACCUUGAUGAGGACUUUGAUGCUAUCUUUGAUCCUUAUGCACCGAAGUUAAUAUCUUCUGUAGCAGAGCACAAACGUGCAGUUAGGCCUACGCGUAGAGUCCAGUCCUCAAGAAACCCCCUGAAAAUGCUGGCAGCAAGAGAAGAUAUUCUUCAUGAAUAUACAGAACAAAGACUGAAUGUUGCCUUCAUGGAAUCAAAGCGAAUGAAAGUAGAAAAAAUGUCUACAAACUCCAAUUUCUCAGAAGUAGCACUUGCUGGCUUGGCAAGCAAAGAGAACUUCAGCAACGUUAGCCUGCGGAGUGUUAAUCUAACAGAACAAAAUUCUAAUAACAGUGCUGUGCCAUACAAGAAGCUAAUGCUGUUGCAAAUUAAAGGAAGAAGACAUGUUCAAACAAGAUUAGUUGAACCAAGGGCCUCAUCACUGAACAGCGGAGACUGUUUCCUGUUAUUAACUCCACAUUUGUGUUUCUUGUGGGUAGGCGAGUUUGCAAAUGUCAUAGAAAAAGCAAAGGCUUCAGAACUUGCAACUUUAAUUCAGACAAAGAGGGAACUUGGCUGUAGAGCUUCUUAUAUACAGACUAUAGAAGAAGGAAUAAAUACCCAUACCCAUGCAGCUAAAGACUUCUGGAAGCUCCUUGGUGGACAGACAAAUUACCAAUUGGCUGGAAGUCCUGAAGAAGAUGAAAUGUAUGAAGCUGCAAUAAUAGAAACAAAUUGCAUUUACCGCCUUGUAGAAGAUAAACUCAUUCCCGAGGAUGACUACUGGGGAAAGGUGCCAAAAUGUACCCUGCUCCAACCAAAAGAGGUGCUGGUGUUUGAUUUUGGCAGUGAAGUAUAUGUAUGGCAUGGAAAGGAAGUUACUUUGGCACAAAGAAAGGUGGCAUUCCAGCUGGCAAAACACUUGUGGAAUGGCACCUUUGACUACUCCAAUUGUGACAUAAAUCCUCUGGACCCAGGGGAAUGCAAUCCCCUCAUACCCAGGAAGGGACAAGGACGCCCAGACUGGGCUGUGUUUGGCAGACUCACAGAACAUAAUGAGACCAUACUGUUCAAAGAAAAAUUUCUUGAUUGGACAGAGCUGAAGAAACACAAUGAGAAGAAUUCUAGUGAAUCCCUUCACCAGAAGGAAGAAUCCAGAUCUGACUCUAAACCGUAUGAUGUCAUGCUAAUGGUAGCUGUGCCCCCAACGACUGUAGGCACAGUCUUGGAUGGAAUGAAUAUUGGCCGGGGCUAUGGACUUGUAGAAGGAGAAGAUGGGAGGCAGUUUGAGAUUAUCACGGCAUCUGUGGAUGUCUGGCACAUCCUGGAAUUUGAUUAUAGUAGACUGCCUAAGCAAAGCAUAGGGCAGUUCCACGAAGGGGACACAUAUGUGGUGAAGUGGAAGUACAUGGUGAGCACUACAGUUGGAAGCAGGCAAAAAGGAGAGCAACAAGUAAGGGCUGUCGGAAAAGAGAAAUGCGUUUAUUUCUUUUGGCAAGGAAGACACUCCACAGUGAGUGAGAAAGGGACAUCGGCACUGAUGACAGUGGAACUUGAUGAAGAGAGAGGAGCACAGGUACAAGUGCUUCAAGGGAAAGAACCACCAUGCUUCCUGCAGUGCUUCCAAGGAGGGAUGAUUGUGCAUGCUGGAAGAAGGGAAGAGGAAGAAGAAAACGCACAAAGUGACUGGAGGCUAUAUUGCGUGCGAGGAGAAGUUCCCAAUGAAGGAAACUUACUUGAAGUAGCAUGUCACUGCAGCAGCCUGCGUUCCCGGACAUCCAUGAUUGUCCUCAAUAUAAAUAAAGCUCUUAUCUACCUGUGGCAUGGCUGCAAAGCACAAUCUCACACCAAGGAUGUAGGAAGAACAGCAGCCAAUAAAAUAAAAGAACAAUGUCCACUGGAGGCAGGGCUGCACAGCAGCAGCAAGGUGACGAUUCAUGAAUGUGAUGAAGGGUCAGAGCCCUUGGGAUUCUGGGACGCAUUGGGAAGGAGAGAUCGGAAGGCCUAUGAUUGCAUGUUGCAAGAUCCUGGAAAGUUUAAUUUCACCCCCCGCCUGUUCAGCCUCAGUAGUUCAUCAGGAGAGUUCUCAGCCACUGAGUACAUUUACCCUUCAAGAGACCCUGCUGUCAUCAAUUCAAUGCCGUUCUUGCAAGAGGAUCUUUACACUGCCCCACAGCCAGCACUGUUUCUUGUUGAUAAUCACCAUGAAGUGUACCUGUGGCAAGGCUGGUGGCCUGUGGAAAAUAAAAUCGCUGGAUCAGCUCGAAUCAGAUGGGCUACAGACAGGAAAUGCGCCAUGGAGACAGUGCUCCAGUACUGCAAAGGAAAAAAUGUAAAGAAGCCCCCCAAAUCCUAUCUAAUUCAUGCUGGCCUAGAGCCUCUGACCUUCACUAAUAUGUUCCCAAGUUGGGAACACAGGGAAGACAUCGCAGAGAUCACAGAAAUGGAUGCUGAUGUUUCUAACCAAAUAAUCCUUGUGGAGGACGUGCUGGCCAAGCUGUGUAAAACAGUGUAUCCAUUAGCGGAUCUUUUAGCUAGGCCUCUACCUGAGGGAGUUGAUCCACUGAAGCUUGAAAUUUAUCUUUCAGAUGAGGACUUUGAGGUUGCAUUAGAGAUGACGAGAGAAGAAUACAAUGCACUGCCAUCUUGGAAGCAGGUUAAUCUGAAGAAGGCAAAAGGACUCUUCUAAGUUGUGUUUAUUGGAGUGAGACUAAAGGGAUAUCAGUUUUCACUUCCUCUGCCCUUUAGAAGAAUUGUUCCCCCAUUUACAGAACAAAUAGAAAUAAUCUGAAGUUAUUAGUGACUACCUAUCCGGAAGUGUGUAAUAAUAUAAAAGGCCAAGAGAACUCUUUGGAAAUGGAAUUCAACUUUGACUCUUAAAGGUAAUGUGUUUAAGCUCUGCUCUCCUAUGCACUUAAACAGUAGUUUCCUAAGCUACUGCUGCAGGUGUCCUUUGGCUAUAUACAAUACUUCCCAUUUUUGGUUUCGAAGAAGUUCUCUUUGUAAAGUGUUAUUUUGUUAGUUUGUGGAUUACAAAGAAUUUAUAUUUAUAUAAACACAUAGAACAAGUAUGUAUUUAACAAUGCAAUAUAUAUUCACUUUCAAGACUUUCAUUUCAAAACUACAGAAAAGUAGCUGGAUGGCAGUUGCUUGUACUGAAUUAGCUAUACCACCAAUAUGUAUCUCCUACGCAUUCUGAAAACUUUCUCUUUGCAAUAGUUAAUGAAUUGUUCUCAGUGCUGCUUCAGGUGCUAAACUGAACAAAGCGUUUGUAUUUAUAGCAUGGAUUUCUUGAGAAACUAUGCGAAUCAACCUUUAUACUUUAUUAUCCAAAAAUGUAUAGUGCCUUGUUUUUUGUGUACAGUUUAUAUACAAAAAAAAAAAAGAUUGGUCUGCAUUUUGAAGAUGGCUUAGAAUUGUCUCUUAUGUUACUUUUAUAACAGUAGAAAUAAAAACAUCUCAGUUUCUAAUACUUGUUGUAAACAUUAAACAUGUCUUUUGUGAUAUAAGAACUGAAAGUAAAAGCUUCUGAAUAAACUCCUAGCGAUGCUCUCA